AUGCAUCGGGUGGAGGAGAGGAAGGCGUACGUUUGGGGAGUGGUGGUGGUCGUGGUGUGGUUGGCAGCAGUUUCGUGCCCGGCCGAUGGUGCCAUCCUGCCGGGCGUACGGACCCUGAGCCCCCACGGAGAAGCCACCACGCACCAGUCUGCCCCUGGGCUUCCGCCUCCGCCAACCUACCGCACGCUCUACUUCGACCAGACGCUCGACCACUUCAACUUCGCCACACAACCUGCCACCUACAAGCAGCGCUUCCUGUUGGCCGACGAGUACUGGCGCGGCUCCUACCCCGGCGGCUGCCCAGGGCCGAUCUUCUUCUACACGGGCAAUGAAGCACCUGUGACCGACUACUACAGCGCGUCUGGUUUCUUCACGCAGGUCCUCGCCCCCAAGCACAACGCCCUGCUCGUCUUCGCCGAGAGCAUGCCGUUUGGGUCCAAGUCUUUCGACCCCGAGAAGAUCAGCUACCUCUCGCCCGAGCAGGCGCUGGCCGACUACGCCGUGCUCAUCACGCACCUCAAGGAAACACUGCCCCACGCCCGGAACUGCCCCGUCUUCGCCUUCGGUGGCAGCUACGGAGGUAUAUUGACGGCGUGGUUCAGGAUGAAGUACCCCGACAUUGUCAUGGGAGGCCUUGCCGCCUCUGCGCCGCUGUCGUUCUACGGCACCGGCAUCAGCCCCUACGCCUUCACCAACAGCGCCUCCGACACCUUCGCGCAAGCGCGCCUUGGUUGCGCGCCACUGAUCGCCCAGGCAUUUGAGACGUUGCAGCGGUUUUCGGCCACGCCGGAGGGUUGUGAGCGCUUCGCCAAGGCCUUCAAGCUCUGCGGUCCGCUCAACUCGCAGGCGGAGGCCUCGGCCGUCGUCUAUUGGGUGGAGAUGGGCCUGGCCAGCAUGGCCAUGCUCGACUACCCCUUCGCCAGCAACUACGGUGUCUCGCUGCCCGCGUGGCCGGUGAACAAGACUUGUGAUCGAAUCCUGGAGAAGGCCGCCAACAACAAUGACCCCGACAUCCUGGCUGAGGCCUUGGGCUACGCCAUCGGAGUGUUCUACAACAACACCGGCGACCAUUCGUGCUAUGACAUCAAGCGGGAUGUGCCAGAGUGGGAGAAGUGCUGCGGCUGGGACUACCUGCACUGUACUGAGGUCUACAUUCCAAUCGGCUUCUCUGGCUUCUUCCCCCAUGCCACGUACAACCUGACUGCCGACAUUGAGCAAUGCCGGCAGAAGUUUGGCAUUACGCUCCGCCCCAACUGGGCCCGAAUCCAAUACGGCGGAUUCAACAUCACCUCGUCGAGCAACAUCAUCUUCUCCAACGGGCUGCUGGAUCCCUGGCACUCAAGUGGAGUGCUCCACUCCCUGUCUGACUCACUCAUUUCGAUCAUGAUUCCCGAGGCUGGCCACCACCUUGACCUGUGGGCGCCUUCGCCCGAGGACCCAAUCUACAUCCAGCGCGCCAGGGAGCAGGAGGCCGUGCUCAUCGACAAGUGGCUCAAGGAGUACUGGGCCAAGCUGCUCUAA